AUGGCUUCAGAUGAAGUGUGCAUUAUCUGGAAGCCUUUACCCAGAGUCCGGAGGGCUCGAAGACCCCUGCUGCUCCAGGAGAACCAGGCACCCGAGGCUAUCCCCCCUGAGGCCGUGAAAGAAAACAUGGAUGUCAAGGAUGGGCUGGUGGGGCUGGCCCAACCGGCCAUGGGAGAGCCAAGUGGAGAAAGGGAAGAGGGCAGAAUGGAGCAACAGCAGGGAGAGAUUGGGAUCCACCUGGACCCAGAUACACUGAGCUAUGUUGAGACACUGUUCUCCCAGGAAGACUUGCUCAACAAGGUGGAUGAGAUCCUUCAAUCCCGCUUCGUGUCCCAAUUACUUUCUGCAGAUUCACAUUUGGAUCUCCUGGCUCUAACUAAGGAGUUGUUGGAGCUGGAGGAAGCACUUGCUCUUGUCUGGCUGUUAGAGAAGCUGCGCCUGGCCGAGGAGGAGAAGGAGGAGGAGGAGGCUGAGGAGGAGCUGGCACCCCAGAUUGAUGGUGUACUCCAAUUUGACUUCGGUCCUUCUGAGUCUGUGGCCAGCCAAGAUGACUACGGCCCCCAGCAGGGGGUCAAUGCCAACGCCUGCCCACCGGAUGACUUCCAGGAUGGUCAAGGGCCUGGUCAUGUAGAUGCUCAACUGGCCAGGCCCCAAGCCUUUGCUGGCCCUUCAGAAUCUCAGGAGUGCCCACCCCUCGGGGCUCUGGGUCCCCCCUCUGCUCCCCAGGGUCUGGAGCACACCGAUUCUGGCCUGGGCCCCAGGGAUGCUGCCAUUCCCAGGCAGGCCUCUCCUGUCAGGGGGCGCCGCCGCCGCAGGCCAGUGGGCAAGUCCAGUGAGAAGGAGGGGCACCUCCCCGACCAGGUCUUUGCCGUGGCCUCUCUUAAGAGCCUGUCGCCCAGCGCUCUCUCUCUGAGUCCUGCCCCAGCCUCCGACCUUGCCUGCCCUAGAGGUCGAGGGGCCCGGAAAGCUGCCCAGUCCCGGCCUCCAAAGAGAAAGUGUGAGCAGUCUGUCGCAGGGAGGGGAAGGAAGAGGAAGAGGUACAACAGCCAGCGUGGAGCAGUGGGGGGCCCCUCCAGCCCCCAGUCUGGUGGCCCACAGUAA